AGCCUUUCCUUUCCUUUCGCUCAUAUAAACGUCCACGUCCCAAAGGAGGACAGCAGCGAAGCUGGUAGACCCGGAAUUGCAGCUUGGGAGUUGGGACUUGGGAGGGACGAGCAGCCAUUUCUUUGGAGAGGGAGGGCUCUAGCUCCUCGCUGCUGUCGCAGAGAGUAGGCAGAAAUGGAUGCAGGUGGUAGCUCCAAGAGAAGUCGUCCAGUUCGUCGUGCUACGAAGCUGAAAUUCAAACCGAAAGUGCCACCACAGAAGCCAAAGAAAUUGACCACUGAAAAGCCACAACAGGAAGAGCCUAAACCAGUUGAUGAAGAACUGAUGAAGAUACUGAGGACUGGCCAAGUGGCUGCAAAAACUUUGCUAAAUACAAAAGACGAGCGUUCAGCACAGAAUCCCCCCUCGACACCACCUUCUGCAGCUGUCGUUAGCUUGUCACCACCACAAUCAGGACUGCACAAGCAAAAUCAAUCGAAGGCACUACAAAUCCCCAUAGCCUUUCCUGUUGUUAAUCCAGGAAUGUUCUACAACGAAGAAGAAGAUGAUGAUGACAAUGACGACGACGAUGACGAUGACGAUAGUGGCAAUGUUGAGUUUCAGGAGACGCAACCAAAUUCAAUUGAAUGCGAAGUUUCAACACGUCCAGCAGAGGAGCUUGAUUUGCUUCAGGAACAAGAUGGAAAAGAAAGAAUGUUUCUCUUCCAGCUCCCAAAAUCUCUUCCUUUGCCAAGAAAAUCCAGUGUAGUUGAAAAGAAAGGAAAGGUCACCAGCAAGGAGGUGAAAGAAGGAUCCAAUCUGCAGCAGUUGCCGCAGGGUUAUUUGGGCAAAAUGCUGGUAUACAAGAGCGGCAAGAUCAAAAUGAAGUUAGGAGAUGUCAUGUUUGAUGUGAACCCAGGAGUGGAGAGUAGGAUGGCGCAACAUGCAGUAGCUCUGAACACUAGAGAGAAACAUUGCUGCUUGCUUGGGGAGAUUGGGAAUCGGCAUGUUAUUGUGACUCCGGAUGUGAAUUCUUUGUUGAAUGACAAUUAGAGGUUAGGUUAUGAUCUGUAGCAAUUUUAUCAACUUUGUGACAUAUGGUGUGUGGGCUUGUAUUGUGCAGGGUUGUACAUGUGCUUCUUCUACUUGUUGUCGUACUACAUUAGCCUUUAAAAGAACUGCUGCUUGCAGUUGAUGAAUGUUUGUAAGAAUUUACAUUUGUCAUGACUAGAACUGGUAGAAAAUAAAAAAAAAUCACAUCAUCUGAUCUCUUUUUACCA